UAUAAAAAAACAUAAUCUUCAACUCUUACUUAAAAAAAAAACAAGAAAGCGACUAGAACGAGCUGAAUUGGAUGACUUUGAGAGGUUGACAACCUCCCCGAGUCUGUUUUUUACAGACUAAUUUUCCACCCAGUUUAAGUUCAAUAACUAUGAUGAUAGAGAGAUCCAUGGCGACCAGAAAGAUCAGCUCGAGAUUUUCAUAUCGUCACAGUCGUCAUCGUCUUCUUCUUCUUCUUCUUCUUCUCUCAUUUACUUGCUUCGCUUCAAGAUUUGGUUAUGGCAAAGAUACGAUCACAUCAACAAGUUUCAUCAAAGACCAAGCUACCAUAACAUCCAAUGGAAGCUCCUUCGAGCUGGGCUUCUUCUCACCACUCAAUUCAACCGCCCGAUAUGUCGGAAUUUGGUACACCAAAAUCCCCUUGCAAACUGUCGUAUGGGUAGCUAAUGCAAACAACCCUCUGAAUCAUACUUCGGGGAUUUUCACGAUUUCCAAGGAUGGGAAUCUUGUCGUGUUGGAUCAAAACGACACCGUCCUCUGGUCUUCAAACAUUUCAUCCUCUUCUUCAACAACAACAAGCAUAGAUUCAAUCGCCCGAAUUUUGGAUUCAGGCAACCUCGUUUUGGAAAAUUCAACUUCUGGGAAGAUCAUAUGGGAGAGUUUCAAAAACCCAUCUAAUAAAUUCUUGACUUCCAUGAAAGUCAUCACGAACACAAGAACCAAAGAGAAGGUCAAGAUUCCUCAUGAGGAGGAGUGGAAGCAAGGAGAUUGGAGUGGUGGAUGUGUUAAGAGGAUGCCAUUGCAAUGUAAGAGGUUGAACAAUGGUAGUGUUCAAGAAGAUGGGUUUCAGAAAGUUGAAAGGGUUAAAGUGCCUUACUUUGCUGAAUGGUCUACUCUUUCUAUUCAGAAUUGUUCGUGUAACGCUAUUGCUUAUGAAGAUGGUCUUCGUUGUAUGCAAUGGAGAAGGGAGGAGUUAAUUGAUAUGCAAAAGUUUGAGAUUGGUGGAGCUGAUCUUUACAUACGAAUGGCUUAUGGAGAAUUAGAUCAUCCAAAUAAUGUAAAUAACAAAAAAGGAACUAUUACAGCAAUCGUGCUACCGACGACCUUUAUCAUCUUCAUAAUUGCCGUAUUUGUUUGGUGUAAAUGGAAGACUUACAACCAAGGCCAACAAAAGGGUUCGAAACUUACAAGGGAGGAUGACAUGAUUGGGAAUGAUAUCAAACUUGAAGAGGUACCCUUUUAUGAUAUUGAGAAGCUCGCAAUUGCUACCAACAAUUUUGCUCUUAGCAACAAGCUUGGGCAAGGUGGCUUUGGUCCUGUCUAUAAGGAAAAAUUCUUAAAUGGACAAGAAAUAGCUGUAAAGAGGCUAUCGAGAGCCUCCAACCAAGGGUACGAAGAAUUUAUGAAUGAAGUGAAGGUGAUUUCUAAGCUACAACAUAGAAAUCUUGUACGCCUCUUUGGUUGUUGCAUCGAUGGAGAAGAAAAGAUGUUGAUUUAUGAGUACAUGCCCCCUAGCUUGGAUGCGUUAAUUUUUGGCUCUCGAAAACAAGAACUUUUGGAUUGGUGGAAGAGAUUCAAUAUUAUCGACGGAAUUGCUUGAGGUCUCCUUUAUCUUCAUAGGGAUUCAAGAUUGAAAAUCAUUCAUAGAGAUUUGAAAGCAAGUAAUAUAUUACUAGACAAAGACUUAAACCCUAAAAUUUCAGACUUCGGUAUGGCAAGAAUUUUUUGUGACAACAAAGUUCAGGCUAACACCAUAAGAGUCGUUGGAACUUAUGGAUAUAUGUCUCCGGAGUAUGCAAUGCAAGGUCAUUUUUCAGAGAAAACAGAUGUAUUUAGCUUUGGAGUGUUAUUGCUCGAAAUUAUGAGUGGAAGAAAAAAUACCGAUUUCUACAACCAUGAAUAUGCCAUAAGCUUAUUGGGAUUCGCAUGGAAGCUGUGGUUGGAAAGCAACCUUGUUCCUGUGAUUGAACCGACAAUAUGAUUGUGCUACCAUCAAGAAAUUUUGAGAUGCAUUCAUGUAGGGCUCUUAUGCGUUCAAGAAUUUAUAAAAGAUAGACCAAACGUCUCCACGGUUAUUUCAAUGCUCAAUAGUGAAAUGGUAAAUCUUCCUUCUCUAAAGCAACCUGGCUUUGUUGGCAGACCAAAUGAAGGCAACACGGACUCAUCUCAACAAAAUUUAGAUACCUAUUCGGUAAACAAUGUGACACUUACCACAAUUAUAGCAAGAUAGUGCAUUGGGUAGAAAAACCAAUUUGUUUUAAUGGUCUUAUAUAGGAAGAACAAUAGAUGUUGUACCAA